UAUUUGCCUGCAUGGCUGCGAUAAUAUUAACCCAUUGCAAUCAAAUUCAUUUGGGCUUUUGCUAACUUUAAGUAUAUAUAAUUAAUAAUUUUGGGUCGUUGCAAGUGGCUUGCAGCUCAAGUAGUUCAAAGCGUUUAUCCGAGUUUCUCUUCAUUCUCUUCUGAUAUCGCUUGUAAAUGGGAAGUCACAAAGGAUACGAACGUGUUUUCAGAUAUUUUGACGAAGAUGGUGACGGAAAGGUUUCGCCUGCGGAGCUAAGGCGCCGGCUAGGGUUAAUGGGUGGAGAGCUGCUGCAGAAUGAGGCGGAGGCGGCGGUGGAAAUGCUGGACUCGGACGGAGACGGAUUGCUGGGUUUGGAGGAUCUUGUGGGGUUAAUGGAAGGAGGGGAAGAGGAGGACAAGGUGAAGGGUUUAAGGGAGGCUUUUGAGUUGUAUGAUGUGGAGGGGUGUGGGUUUAUUACACCCAGCAGCUUGAAGAGAAUGCUGAGCAAGUUGGGUGAGUCCAAGUCCGUUGAUGAGUGCAAGGUGAUGAUCCAACGGUUUGAUUUGAAUGGAGAUGGGGUGAUUUGCUUUGAAGAGUUCAGAAUCAUGAUGCAGUGACAGUAUGCAGUUGCAGUGCUCUUGUGUGUGUAUAUAUAGUGUAUCCCAUUUAUUGAUUUAUUUAUUUUAUUUAUUUUAUUAAUAUUAAGGAGAGAGAGAAUGAUUUAAAACUAUUACAAUAAUUUAAGGGAGAGGGGAAUUUCGAACCUAGAUGCAUGGUAGAAAUUCAACACCAUCCGCCAGGGUAUUAACGAUAUAAUGAUUAAAUAUUGCCAAAAUACUAAAAAUUAACUGGUUCUACAGUCGGGAUUUGAAAAAUGAUUAUUUCAGCCAAUUUCUCUUCAUUAUUUUUGUUUUUAUGGUUUAAUAAUUUUUUGUUACCAAAUGACGUAAUGAUUUCUUUUUUGUUAUGAAUAAAUGAAGUCUGAAAUAUAUUUGUGAACAAAAUUAUGUAUUAUGACAUCAGCUUGUGACAAAAAAUUACUGUAAUAAAAGUUGAGGUGUCUUGUAAUG